UUGUCAGAUUUCAUCCAAAUGACUGGGACUCAAGAACGACCGAUGACUUACGCCAAAAUGAAAGGGCUCGUGACAUUUCUUUCAGGUCUGGUCAAGGGCAAGAAAGUUGGCUUCAGUGAUUUCUUUCACAAACUCGUAAAGAGUCAGCAGUUCUGCAAAUGCGGGGACACUCAAAGACACCUGCAGCGACAGAGCAAGCCGAGGAGACAAAAGGAGGUGAAAACUAAAUCGAGCUCUGGGAACACGGACAACUUACAAAUGAAACCUUCAGACUUUGAAUACCUCAAACUUAUUGGCACAGGAACCUUUGGAAAGGUGCUGCUGGCAAGACAUCGGAAACAAGGAAGCCACUAUGCAGUAAAGGUUCUGCAGAAACAGAUGAUCAUCAAAAGGAAAGAGCAAAGGAAUGUGAUGGUUGAGAGGAGUGUGCUGCUGAAGGGUCUAAAGCAUCCAUUUCUGGUGGGGCUACAUUUUGCUUUCCAGACACCAGACAUGCUCUAUUUUGUCCUGGACUACAUUAAUGGAGGAGAGAUUUUCUACCACCUGCAGAGAGAGGGCUCAUUUCCAGAACCUAGAGCUACUUUCUAUGCUGCUGAGAUGGCUUCAGCUCUGGGUUACCUCCACUCUCUUGACAUUGUUUACAGAGACCUCAAACCAGAAAACAUCCUGCUGGACAGUGAGGGUCAUGUGAUGCUGACAGAUUUUGGUCUUUGUAAAGAAGGUGUUGCAAUUGGUGGGAUUAUGCACACCUUCUGUGGCACUCCAGAGUAUCUCGCUCCAGAGGUGCUACAAGGCCAUCCAUAUAGCCCCGCUGUGGACUGGUGGGGACUUGGUGUUGUGCUUUUUGAGAUGCUUUGUGGACUUCCUCCUUUUCACAGCCCAAACAAGGAAAAGAUGUUUGAGAACAUCCUUCAUGCUCCUUUGCAGCUAUCCAGCAGGUUUUCUGAAGCUGCCCGCUCACUAUUAGAGGGAUUGUUGGAGAGGGACCCCUCCAGACGUCUAGGGCAGAGCCGGGACAUUGAGGAACUCCAAGAACAUCCCAUCUUUUCCUCCAUCAACUGGGAUGACCUUGUGGCCAGGAAAAUCCAACCCACAUUCAUCCCAAAAGUGGCAGGUCCUUGUGACAUCAGCUACAUUGAUCCAGAGUUUACACUACAACCUGUUCCCGCCUCUGUGGGGGGCAGGCAGCGACCAGUCUAUGCCAGCGAAGCCUUCCCUGGAUUCUCCUUCAGUAACCCAGAAGAGUACUUUGCUGCAAAGCAACCUUCAUAACAAUAUCAGAUCAUCUGGGAGCCUGUUUGUUCAAAUACUUAUUUUUAUGCUAUAUAUUUUGAAAUGUACAUAUCUUUUUAAGCACUUAAGCUACAGUUUUGAAUCCUAACAUUGCAAUUUGUUGCAUGUUGGGUUGUUUUCACUUGAUUACAUUUUACAUUAUUUAUUUUUACCAGUGUCAUGUCCAGUAUCAGUUCAUUAUAUGAGAUAGGCUAGUGACUAUUUCAUGUCUUCAUUACAUUUCAUGAUUUUGUAU